AUGGCAAUGUCUGGAAUAAGCUCCUCAAACAAGCCCUUCGUCCCUGUCUUUGCUGCCGCAGGCGGAUUAGACGUCAUGAGAGCUUCCAAAUCACUUCUCCAAAGAGAAAUGGAAGACGAAUCUUCACGUGAUGAUGAUUAUUUCAUCUUGACGGCUGCUGGAAUUGUGCAAAUGUUUUCGGGUAAAAAACGUCGUGAUUCUGUCCCUGGACAUGUCGUUAUUUAUCGAGAUAGAGAAGGCGGCAAUGAUAGGAUGUUUCAAGAUUAUUUGGCGGAUAAUCCAACGUACGGUCCACAUUUAUUUCGUCGGAGAUACAGGAUGAGUAGGGAGCUUUUCGUACGCAUAAUGAAUGCUGUUGAGUCACGUGAUGAUUACUUUGUGCGAAAAAGAAAUGCGGCCAAUGUGCUUGGAUUAAGUUGCUUCCAAAAAGUCACUGCUGCUUUUCGUAUGUUGACGUAUGGGGUUUCUGCUGAUGCUACAGAUGAGUAUGUUUGCAUUGACGAAAGUACUGCACUUGAGAGCCUACGUAAGUUUGUUGCUGUAGUUGUUGAUUUAUUUAAAGAUGAAUACCUAAGACAUCCCACUGAGGCUGACACAGCACGCUUAAUGAGACUCGGACAGCAAAAAGGUUUUCCGGCAGAGGGUCGAGCUCGAGAGGUCAACUACACAAUUAAUGGUCAUGAUUAUAAUAUGGGUUAUUAUCUAGCAGAUGGUAUAUAUCCCACAUGGGCUACUUUAGUCAAGUCCAUAUCUCUUCCUAUGGGGAACAAGAAGAAAUAUUUUGCCAAGGCACAAGAAGCAGCGAGGAAGGAUGUCGAAAGAGCUUUUGGGGUUCUGCAAUCCAGGUUCGCCAUUGUGCGAGGACCAGCUCGCUUGUGGGACACAGAAACACUAGGGUUGAUCAUGAAGGCUUGUGUGAUCAUACACAAUAUGAUUGUUGAAGAUGAAGGAUUCGUCGACCAUAGAUUACGGUGGUCAAAAUGUGCAACCUUCUCGUGGCCAGCCUACACGAACACUUCAUGA